AUGCGGUCAUUUGUCGUCCCCAAUAGCUUCAACCUAUUACAGAUAGCUAGGCUGCGCCCGACAGUCAACGCAUUCGAGUCUGCUGUUCAUCCAAUAAAGCAAGUUCGCAAGGGCACAGCCUUCGCCGCACCUGCAGCUUCGGACCCUGAACAACAUUCUGAGUUAGUCCAAGAUUUCACCAGACAACAGAAUGCAAAGAGAAUUUUACAAGAAGCUGUAGCAGCAACAGCUCCGAGGCAGAAUUGGACCAGACAAGAGAUUUCUGCUAUUUAUUAUCAGCCAUUGUUGGAGCUGGCGCACCAAGCGAGCCUGGUUCAUCGCCGAUUCCACAGUCCCGGCGAAGUCCAAUUAUGCACUCUCAUGAACAUCAAAACCGGUGGCUGCACUGAAGAUUGUUCAUACUGCGCCCAAGCAACACGUUACCAGGAUGGUACUGGCCUAGAGGCCAAGCGCGUGGAAACCGUCGACUCUGUUUUUAGAGCUGCCAGAAUCGCGAAGGAAAACGGCAGCACACGAUUUUGUAUGGGUGCUGCAUGGCGAGAUAUGCGAGGCCGGAAGAACAGUCUUAAGAACAUUACCGAAAUGGUGAAAGGUGUGAAAGAAAUGGGUAUGGAAGUUUGCGUCACUUUGGGUAUGAUUGACGGUGACCAGGCGAAACAGCUGAAAGAUGCUGGUUUGACAGCAUACAACCAUAAUGUUGAUACCAGCCGUGAAUUUUAUCCCAACGUUAUCACAACGAGAUCGUAUGAUGAGCGUCUCAAGACACUAGCUCAUGUUCGCGAUGCAGGUAUCAACGUCUGUUCUGGUGGUAUUCUUGGUUUGGGAGAAACUUCUGAGGAUCGAGUUGGUCUUCUUCAUACGGUUUCUACGCUCCCUUCUCACCCCGAGAGCUUUCCUGUCAACGCCCUGGUUCCUAUCAAGGGUACACCAUUGGGAGAUACACCGCCUAUUCCAUUUCCUAGCAUAUUGAGAACGAUUGCGACUGCGAGAAUCAUUAUGCCUACAACAAUUAUUCGAAUCGCUGCUGGACGAAAGACCAUGACAGAGGAAAAGCAAGCACUUUGCUUCAUGGCCGGUGCUAAUGCCAUUUUCACUGGUGAGAAGAUGUUAACGACAGAUUGUAAUGGUUGGGAUGAGGACAGUGCAAUGUUUGGUAGAUGGGGAUUGGUUCCGAUGAAAAGUUUUGACAAGAAACCCGUGGAAUUUGCUAAUGAUAUAUCAGUGCCGCAAGAGCAUAGACCCUAG